AUGUCGUCCACUGUGCUUGUGUUGUGUUCCCGCUUAGUCGUGGUGACCUUCAGUGUGCUAGCCAGUCCACUGUUCCAGUGUUUUGUUGAGUACCUUCCCAGGUGCGUCCUCAGGGCCCUGUGCUGUGCUGAGCGGUGUGCAGGUGUGUCCUCAGGGCCCUGUGCUGUGGAGAGUAGUGUGCAGGUGUGUCCUCAGGGCCCUGUGCUGUGGAGAGUAGUGUGCAGGUGUGUCCUCAGGGCCCUGUGCUGUGGAGAGUGGUGUGCAGGUGUGUCCUCAGGGCCCUGUGCUGUGGAGAGUGGUGUGCAGGUGUGUCCUCAGGGCCCUGUGCUGUGCUGGGUGGUGUGCAGGUGUGUCCUCAGGGCCCUGUGCUGUGCUGAGCGGUGUGCAGGUGUGUCCUCAGGGCCCUGUGCUGUGGAGAGCGGUGUGCAGGUGUGUCCUCAGGGCCCUGUGCUGUGGAGAGUGGUGUGCAGGUGUGUCCUCAGGGCCCUGUGCUGUGGAGAGUGGUGUGCAGGUGUGUCCUCAGGGCCCUGUGCUGUGGAGAGUGGUGUGCAGGUGUGUCCUCAGGGCCCUGUGCUGUGGAGAGUGGUGUGCAGGUGUGUCCUCAGGGCCCUGUGCUGUGGAGAGUGGUGUGCAGGUGUGUCCUCAGGGCCCUGUGCUGUGGAGAGCGGUGUGCAGGUGUGUCCUCAGGGCCCUGUGCUGUGGAGAGCGGUGUGCAGGUGCGUCCUCAGGGCCCUGUGCUGUGGAGAGCGGUGUGCAGGUGUGUCCUCAGGGCCCUGUGCUGUGGAGAGCGGUGUGCAGGUGUGUCCUCAGGGCCCUGUGCUGUGGAGAGCGGUGUGCAGGUGUGUCCUCAGGGCCCUGUGCUGUGCUGAGUGGUGUGCAGGUGUGUCCUCAGGGCCCUGUGCUAUGCUGAACAGUUUACAGCUGCAUCUGCAGUGGCCUUGCUUGGCUUUACCGUCCAGGGAGUACUGGCCUUUUGAAGGAUUUACAAAGUGCUCCUUCCUCCCCUGUUUUGGAAAGAGUUUGAGAAAGCUUGGUGCUAAUUCCUUAAUGUUUGAUUGCAGGCUCUGGUGA